ACUUACAAUUUUCAGAUCCAUUGUUCUUUUUUCCAAGAAAAAGUGCAAUCAUGCCACCAAAAAGAAACGUUGGGAAGGUUGUCCAGACUUUACAGAUUGGGCUUGGUGAUGGCAUUUCAGCACACUCAGAAGGAGAGAAUGAGCCAAUCAUUCCACAUCCACUGUCACCAAUACUUGGGGAGCAUUCUUUUGUCAAUCCUACCUUCAACAAGGAUAGUGAAUCUGGAGAUGAUGUUGCUCAAUCUGGGGAUUCCCUUGUGAAAGCUCCACCUCCCCAGAUUCAGCAAGUAGCAGGCGGACCAGUGCAACCAGAUCCUGUUGAGGCAGCACCACGUGCAGCAGAACUGGGAAAUCACCAGCAUCCUAGAUAUCUGCCACCUCUGCACCGACCAAAUGGAGGACAUCAACAACAUAAUGCACCUCCACAAAGGGAGCAUUUCCAGCCUUAUGAGGCUUAUGGUCCAGUUUUGAGGUCUCUUGUCAGACCUGCUUACAGAAAACCAUAUCCAAAUUUCAUAGACCAAGAGAAUCCUUUUCCAAGGGGGUUCAAGGUUCCAGAAUUCACUCUAUUUUUUGGAGAUGGUGGAUAUUCAACAAUUGAACACAUAGGCCGCUUCACAAUUCAAUGUGGCGAGGCCUCCGGUGAUGAUAAUCUGAAGCUCAGACUUUUUCCCAGCUUUCUAACUAGUACAGCUCUCACCUGGUAUCUGAGUCUGCCACAGAAUUCAGUUUAUACUUGGAGGCAGAUGGAAGAUCUUUUUCACAUCCAGUUCUAUCGCAGUGAGCCAGAAGUGUCCAUGGCAGAUUUAUCUCGUUUGGAAUUUGUUAAGCUGGCACAAAAUGGUUUGGACAUUGAAUUGAGGAAAAAGUUUAAGGGAAUGGAGUUUCAUGAUUUCUUUGAGUUGUCUUACAAGGUGGCUCGUUAUGAAAAUUUAUUGCGAGAGGACACACAAAGGAAAUCUACAUCUCAUGGGACUUAUUAUGGUGAUGCUAACUUUGAUCUGGACGUGGCAGAAGUGGUGGAUAAAAUGGACAAGGGAAUUUUGCGUUUUCCAGAUAAGGCCAAAGAAACAAUGGGAGUUGAUGCAGAUCCAUUCCCUACCAUGUCUGUUAGGGUGAACGCGACAGAUCUCAGGAGUAUUGCCAGAGACAGAACUCAGACAUACUAUAGGCACAGAAUUGCAACUAAUGAUCUGAGGUGGGUCAUUGAGGAGGCUAGGGCCCACAAAAAUCAAGUCAGAUCAGGCUCAUACCGAAAGAGACAGCUCGGGGGGAAUGACUCAACUCAACAGAAAAAUAAUGCAAAUCAGGGACCUGCGAUAUCUAGACGCGUAGAAAAGCCCAGAAUGGUGAAGCCACCACCCAGAUCUUCAACCAAACGGUGGGAACGUGUGGUGCAUCCAAAAUUUCCUAACGGUCAAAAUCCAAGGACCUUGAUGAGGCGUUUACAAUGCAAAAAGGUUGCAGAAAGACACCGACAGCAGAUUACAGACUCGGGGGGCAUGGCAGAUCAAGCCCAGCAGCUCCCCGCAAGAAGAAAAUCAGUGUGGGUCCGUAAAGAAAAAGGGAGCACAUCUGGUCAAAAUUCUCCAGAAAAGGAGAAAUCACCCAGAAGUCCAACAUCACCUCGAAUUCUGGCUGUGGAAUCCAAUGAAGAAAUUGGUUUGAAGGCGAAGUUUGACUUGUCAGAUAAAGCAGAAAAUUCAUCAGAUGUAAUUUGUUUUGGUGAGUUUUCCGUGAAUCUAUCUUGCUUGGUGAUCACUCUUCCUUUGGUCUUUCAAGCAAGAGAGCAGUCAGAAUCUGCAAUCUGUCACCAGACAGAUUUGACUGAGGAAGAAGAAGUCAUCGAGAUCCCAGCUAAGGAAGAUGUUGGUGUGGAUUCAACAGAUAAAAUCAUUUUCGAAAAACCAGAAGUGAAGAUGGCCAGACAUAUCAGGCUAUUAUACAUUCAUGCACAUCUGGAUGGUAUGCCGAUAAUUCGAGUUAUGGUUGAUAAUGGAGCAGCUGUCAAUGUUUUGCCAACUUGUAUUCUGCACAAAAUUGGCAAAUCUUUGGGUGAUUUAAUGGAGACAAAAGUGACAAUCAGUGACUUUACUGAUGGAGUAAAUCGCUCAAGGGGAAUUCUGCCAGUGGAACUUACCGUUGGAAAUAGAACUCUCAUGUGUGCAUUCUUUGUGGUUGACACCAUUGCCACUUAUAAUGCAUUGCUUGGGAGAGAUUGGAUACAUUCCAGCUGGUGUGUUCCUUCAACUUUGCAUCAGAAACUAAUAUUCUGGAAUGGUGGCAGAACUGAAGUUGUGACAGCAGAUGAAAAGCCGUUCGUGGAAAAUACCAACGCAGUGGAGGCUCAUUAUUAUGAUGAAGAUAUUGGGACUAUCCGUUUCUUUGGGAUGGAUCACUAUGGCAGACCUUCUGGAAUUACUGCCUGCACCAGAUCUGCAAUGGACAUACAGACUGUGAAGGAGAAAGAUCGAAUUAAGCACCAGAAAAAGGAGGUCGUGGAAGAAAUCAAGAGAAAAUUAGCGGCUUACCUUGUUGAAAAACGAAUCUGUGUAGACAGAUCUGAAGUAGUCUAUGAAGGUGAAGAGGAAGAUUUGAAGGAUCAGAUAACACUAGAGGAAUUAGAUCUGGCACCAGCAAAGCUUGAUGAUCUGAAGGCAGAAGUACAAGAUCCCCUAAAUCUGGUAGAGCACAGAUUACCAAUUAGACCAGAUUUCAAGCCUUUUAAACAGCCGCCUAGACGAAUGUCUCUAGAAGUCACUUUAAAAGUCAAAGAAGAGAUAGAGCGGCUGUUGAAGAAUGGCAAGCUGAGAAUCUGUGUAGACUUCAGGAAUCUGAAUCUGGCAACACCAAAAGAUGAAUAUCCUAUGCCUAUUGCAGAUUUAUUGGUGGAUGGUCUGGAAGUGGAUCAGAACAAGGCAAGAGCUGUUAUUGAAGCACAGCCGCCAAGAAGAAAGACAAGAGUUUUUUCGCCACUGUUGAAGUUGAAAUCAGAAGCAGAUUUCAAAUGGGAGAGACACCAUCAGACUGCCUUUGAGGAAAUAAAGCAUUAUUUAUCAAAGCCACCGGUCUUAGUGCCUCAUUUAAGAGGCAAACCUUUGAUUUUGUACAUAUCUGCCACAGAUGAAUCUGUAGAUUGUCUGCUGGCUCAAGAAAAUGAUCCGUGCCUGGAGGUUGAAGUGGAUGAGGAAAAGGGUAUUAAUUUAUUUUCCAUAAAUCUGGUUCCUUGGAAGCUUAUCUUUGAUGGAUCUAGCACAGAUUCCAUGUCUAGAGCAGGAAUUGUUAUUAUUUCUCCAGCGGGUUUGAAAACCCAAAUGUCGUUUCAGCUAGAUUUCAAUUGCACUAAUAACCAAGCUGAAUAUGAGGCAUUAAUUAUUGGGUUGGAAGUGUUGGUAGAGCUCAAGCUCUUGGAGGAAUUUGAUGAUGUAAUCUUGAGGCAUGUUACUCGAGAUCUGAACACAGAGGCAAAUGAGAUGGCACAAAUCGUCUCAGGCUUAAAAAUCCUAGAAGGCGUGAUGAGCAGAAUUGUUGUUGUGGAAAAACGAAUUCUGCCAUCUAUUCACAUGCGUGGUAGGGCAAUUUCUACUUGUUCCAUAGACAUAACCCAGACAGAUUGGCGAUAUUCAAUCAUGGCAUACCUCAAAAUUCCAAAUUUUAAGGCCUCAAGAAGAACAAAAAUGCAGGCCUUGAAUUAUGUUCUGUUGGAAAGUGUUCUUUAUAGAAGGGGACAUGAUGAAUUACUUUUGCACUGUCUUGGUCCAGAUGAGUACUGCCAGAUUAUGUCAGAUGUGCAUAACGGAAUCUGUGGUGCACACCAAGCUGGAAUUAAGAUGAGAUGGCUAAUUCGUAAACAUGGAUUCUUUUGGCCAUCAAUCUUGAAAGAUUGCAUUAGUUAUGCUAAAGAUUACUUUACCAAGUGGGUGGAAGCAAAGCCAAUGAAGAAGGUUGAUCAGACCGAUAUUAUUAAAUUUCUUAAGGAAGAAAUCAUUCACAGAUUCGGUUUGCUAGAAAUAGUAACUUCAAAUCAAGGAACAGUUUUUGUUGGUGCGCAAGUUGAAGCAUUUGCAAAAGAAAUGGGAUUUAGGUUACUCACUUCAACCCCUCAUUAUGCUCAAGCCAAUGGUCAAGCUGAAGCUUCCAACAAAAUUGUGAUAAAUCUGCUGGAAAAAAUGGUUGAUGAUAAUCUAAGGUGUUGGCAUGAGCUGUUGUCUGACACAAUUUGGGCUUACAGAACUUCACAAAGGAGUUCUACUAAGGUAACUCCAUUCUCCUUAACUUAUGGACAUGAUGUUGUUCUGCCCAUGGAGUUAUCUGCUAGAUCAUUGCGUAUAGCAAUUCAACAUGGUCUCACUUUUGGAGAGUAUAAUGAAGCAAUGAUUCUAGAGUUAGAAGACCUUGAAGAAGGAGAUCUGGUAUGGAAAGUAAUUCUACCACCUGAAAAGAAAGACCCCAGAUUUGGGAAAUGGUCUCCAAAUUGGGAAGGAUCAUUUCGUAUACAUGAAGUGCUUAGAGGAGGAGCAUAUUGGCUUGAAUCAUUAAAUGGAGAAUUACAUCCUCGAAAAAUAAAUGGAAUCUACCUUAAGCCUUACUAUCCUAUGAUAUGGGAGGCUAGGGGUUUGGAUACCAUUGAUUCUACCUGAGACAAAUUUGAGGUAGGAUUUGUACAGUAUUUUAUUCCAUUGUUUUAAGCAUUUUAUCAUUCAAUAAAAAAGUGAUGAGCCA